GGAAGAAUAAAAACAGAAAAAGAGCAUAUUCUCUAAAGCAAGGCUGCUUUGGUUUUGUUUGUGGAGGAAGGCAAUUUGAGCUAAACAGCAUAGUGUGCGACGGUGUACUAAGAAACGCAUUAUAAAGGUCUGAAAAAUAGUAGCGAUAAAUUGGGAUCUCGACAAUUUUUUUGGAAAUCGUAAUAUAUUGUUAAAAAAGAGAAUCUUCUUGUUUUGAUUCCUGUAACGAUAUUAAACGAGAAAAACAGCUUGUAAAGACGAGCUUCUUCUGAAUCCUAGUAGUCUCUCUUGAGCAAAAUCAUUUCAAUUACAAUAUGAACAACGUUUUGGACAUCUCUACAGUUCAAAAAGGUUUGAAUAUCAUACCAAAGGAAGAGCAAAGUUACGACACAACAAACGCUUCCAAUUAUAAGAGUCGUUCUAAAUUUUCUCCCGAUGAUAUUCGACAAUUGAUUCGAAAACGUCAAUUCACAACGUCCACAACUGGCUGGGCAGAUGGUUAUGUUCAGGCAAAUUUACUAGUCUUGCCGGUUAAAUAUGCUGAUGACUUUCGUAAUUUGUGUCUUCGAAAUCCCGUUCCAUGUCCGUUGCUUGGAGAAACAGCUGUUGGUGAUCCUUCCCAGGUUUUUCCGUCAUCUCUAGCUACCAAUGCUAAUUUAGCUACCAACAUUCCUUUUUACUGUGAAUAUAUCAACGGCAAGUUCACCAAAGAACUGACAACCAUCUCAAAUCAAUGGAGUAGCUCGUAUGUGGGGUUUUUAAUAGGCUGUUCAUUUUCCUUUGAAGCGGCUCUUGUCGCUGCUAAUUUAGUCCCUCGUCAUCUUCCUAGCGGAAAUCCUCCUCCUAUGUUCAAUACAAAUCUUCUUCUUUGUCCAUCUGGAGUAUUUUCUGGUACCUUUGUUGUUUCUAUGCGUCCCUAUAAGGAAAAAGAUAUUCCCCUAGUACGUCGUAUUACUGCCGCAUAUACCGACUGCCAUGGUGAGCCAAUUGCUUGGGGCUGGGAUGGUGCAAAACAACUUGGCAUCAAAAAUGUCAUGCAACCUGACUAUGGGUUUCCAGUUCUAUUUGAAGAAGAUGAAGUUCCUGUCUUUUGGGGGUGUGGAGUUACACCCCAAAAUGUUGUGAUGAUGUCUAAAUUGCCAGAACCGGUUUAUUCUCAUAAACCUGGUUUUAUGUUUAUCACAGAUGUGCGACGCGGGUUCUAAGAGUACCUCUCCAAACUACUAUUUAAUAACACUAUAAUUAAUUAUUAUGCAUGCAACUUGUCUUGGAUAGUGCUUAUGUUUUGAAUAUGGAAUAUAUAUGCGUUUUCAUCUCUUUCCUGGAGUACCUUUCUUUUUCUAAUUCUCUGAUUCUCUUAAACAUGUUCCCUUUUCAAUAAAAAAAAACUAAACAAAUACAAAUAAUCCUUUACUCGUAACGAAUUAUGAAGAAAAUGAUUCACUAGAAUACAUGUUUCGACUUGUGUUCAAUGUCAAUCGUUCAUUUGCUAAACACACUAGCUUUAUAUCUUGAAAGUUCAAAUUGUAGGUCACAGGAUCCUCUUAAUACUCUACAUCUCACUGUCUUCUUUUUGCUUUCCUAUCCUUGGGUGUUCUUAGUGAGUUUUCUUUCAUACCACUCUGACUUGUGUCACCAUUACAUUAGCAAAGUUCGAAAAUAUGAUAAUUUU